UGUAUGCUUUAGGGUAGAAAUCAGAUACCAAACCCCGUCCACUCUGACCUGUUCUUCCUUUCUCUUCUUCCCUGACCCUGUCAUGUCAACCCCAUCUCCACAGUCUCACAGGCUUUACGUCAACCCUUUCCAUAUUCAUAAACAAAUCCACAAAUUCAAUGAUGAACUAACUUUCCCACCAUUUAUUUUUAUUUAUUUUAUUUUUUUGUAGGGUUAGUUGUUUGAACUUUGAUCGUUGAUCUAAUUCAAUAUAUAAUAUAUUUAAUUACGGAGAAGGAGGAGUACCGGUAACAAUACCUGCCCAGCAACAUAAAAAUUGUGGAGGAGGAGGAGCAGCAGCCACAAGUAUAGUGAACUUGAAAUGGUACUCUAGGGCUCAAAUCAGACAUGUUAAGCUCAUCAAUUUGAUCGAAGGAUUGGCAACGACGACAUGUCGGUUUCGGAGUUGAAAGAGCGCCAUGCUGCGGCCGUUGAAUUGACCAACAAUCUCAAAGAACAGUUGAAGCAGAAGCGCCAGCAGUUGCUCGAUACAGACGUGGCUGGGUUUGCGAUGGCGCGUGGUGAAACUCCGGUCAGCUUUGGUCCUACGGAUCUGGUUUGUUGUAGGACCUUGCAGGGUCACACUGGAAAGGUAUAUUCACUGGAUUGGACUCCUGAUAGGAAUCGUAUUGUCAGUGCAUCUCAAGAUGGACGAUUAAUAGUGUGGAAUGCUCUUACUAGUCAGAAAACUCAUGCCAUAAAACUCCCUUGUGCGUGGGUAAUGACGUGUGCCUUCUCUCCAACUGGUCAAUCUGUUGCCUGUGGUGGUCUUGAUAGCAGUUGCUCCAUUUUCAAUCUGAAUUCACCGACUGACAAGGACGGGCAUUUGCCAGUAUCACGAAUCCUUAGUGGGCAUAGGGGUUAUGUGUCUUGCUGUCAGUAUGUUCCAGAUGAGGACACUCACCUAAUUACUAGUUCUGGUGAUCAAACAUGUGUUUUGUGGGAUAUUACUACAGGCUUAAGAACUUCUGUUUUUGGAGGAGAAUUUCAGUCUGGACACACUGCUGAUGUACUAAGUGUUUCAAUUAAUCGCACAAACUCAAGAUUGUUUGUAUCUGGUUCCUGUGAUGCUACUGCCCGAUUAUGGGAUACCCGAGUUGCAAGUCGAGCAGUGCGUACGUUUCAUGGGCAUGAAGGAGAUGUUAACACUGUGAAGUUCUUUCCAGAUGGUCAUAGAUUUGCAACUGGUUCAGAUGAUGGAACUUGCAGGUUAUUUGAUGUCAGGACUGGUCACCAACUCCAAGUCUAUCACCAGCAGCAUACUGAUAAUGAGGUCCCACAUGUGAUCUCCAUUUCUUUCUCUAUAUCUGGAAGACUUCUUUUUGCUGGAUAUUCAAAUGGUGAUUGCUAUGUAUGGGACACUUUAUUAGCAGAGGUUGUUUUGAACUUGGGAACUCUCCAGAACUCACACGAGGGCAGGAUCAGCUGUUUGGGUUUGUCAGCUGAUGGAAGUGCCUUGUGUACAGGAAGUUGGGAUACAAACCUAAAGAUUUGGGCUUUUGGUGGGCAUAGGAGAGUACUCCCUUGAGGAGUUCAAGGCUUGUGAGUUUUCUGUCGACUUAGGUUCUGGUUCUCAGUGCAAUUUACUGCAUCUUACUUCCUGGAUAGAUUCAUUUGUACUUUUAGAUAGUUAAUGUGGUUUGAGUAAUUGUAAUCUGCACUAUUGCUUAUCAUGAUCAAAGAUGUACCCUUUGCUUUCUUGUAAUCCUCCUGUGAAGAACUGGCAUUUUAAUUAGGUGAGUAAAAGAAAAAGAAAAAGAA